CUUUUCUGCACGGCGCUAGGCGAAAAGAUCAUCCACAAAUAUCACAACAACCAGCACCCUCACCCGCAAAACCACCACCCUCUGGUCGCAUUCCUGCCCACCUUCCCCUACCAGACCGCCCACAUCGGCACAAUCAUCUUGUCGCAAUGGAUGGUGCUGCGCUUCGUGAACGCAUCGUUGCGACACUCGAUGCCACCACCGACGUUCGACGCCGCGCUGAACUCGAGUUGAAGACGGUAAGCCAUUUAGUUUCCACCAUGAGCCCACUCCCACUCCCACUCGCAUCACCGAGUCUUCCAAGACGAGCCGCCACGGUCACUGCCAGCGAGGACCUCUACUGAUCUCUCCAUCGCAGGCCGAAGACCAUCCCGGGUUCACCGAUGCGCUCUUGAAUAUUCUGCAGAGCGAGACGGAUCUCGCAGUCCAACAAUCGAGUACGCAUAUCCACCGCACAAUUUCACACCCCUCCGCCAAGACUAACACACAAUAGCUGCCGUCUAUCUCAAGAACCGUGUCACGAGAGGAUGGGGAACCAACGAGGACUUUCCAUCGCAUAAACCUAUAGCAGAGGAGGAGAAGGCUCGCUUUAGAGACCGCCUGCUGCCUGUCCUGUCCGCAUCCCCUCCCAAAGUUCGACAACAACUGGUCCCAGUCCUACAAAAGAUCCUCCACUACGAUUUCCCCGAGAGAUGGCCUGCCUUCAUCGACAUCACUCUUCAACUCCUCAACACGAACGAUGCUGCCUCGAUUUUUGCCGGUCUCCAGUGCCUGCUCGCGCUCUGCCGAGUCUUCAGAUUCAAAUCAGGGGAGACCCGAGCCGAUUUUGAUAAGAUUGUGGACGCAACCUUCCCAAGACUUCUGGCCAUUGGGCAAGGCUUGGUGAACGAGACAAGUGAGGAGGCAGGGGAAAUGCUGCAUAUUGUGUUGAAGGCGUACAAGCAUGCAACAUUUGUGAGUCUGACGAGGUUGGCGAGUCUAUCCAAGUGCUGACAGUUUUAGUUUGAAUUGGCUCUUUCUUUGAGAGAUCAGCCUGUGGUAAUUGGCUGGUGUACUCUAUUUCUUCAGACGGUCGCAAAGGCAGUACCAGCCUCAGCUCUACCAGACGAUUUUGUAGAACGUGAGGCCAACCACUGGUGGAAGUCCAAGAAGUGGGCUUACUUCAAUCUUAAUAGGCUUUUUGUUCGGUACGUUGGGUUGAUGAGUAUUGUUUCUCUCAUGCUAAACAGAGUAGUUACGGAAACCCGUCAUCACUACAGAAAGGAAAUGGGGAGGAUUAUACCGAAUUCGCAAAAACUUUCAUCGCUCAAUUCGCACCGGAGAUUCUGAAGGGCUACCUCCAACAGAUUGAAGGAUGGGUGGCUAAGACAACCUGGCUCAGCAGACCAUGUCUUUCAUAUACCCUCGUUUUCCUCGACGAGUGUGUGCGGCCUAAAGAGAUGUGGAAUCAUCUAAAACCACACCUCGAUACCCUCGUUACGCAUUUCCUCUUUCCUGUUAUGUGUCUUUCGCCUGAUGACGUCGAAAAGUUCGAUACCGACCCAGAGGAGUACCUUCACCACAAAUUGAAUUACUACGAGGAAGUCUCGGCUCCUGAUGUUGCUGCAACGAAUUUCUUGGUCACCCUCACCAAGGUCCGAAGAAAGAACACGUUCACAAUUUUGGCUUUCGUUAACACUAUUGUCAAUGAAUACGAAGCCGCUGAAGAUAGCAAGAAGAACCAUGUUGCAAAGGAGGGUGCUUUGAGAAUGAUUGGCACAUUAUCGAGUGUGAUUCUUGGAAAGAAGUCGCCAAUUGCGGAGCAAGUAGAAUACUUCCUCGUCAGAUAUGUCUUUCCAGAUUUCAGCAGUCCUCAAGGAUUCUUGCGUGCGCGAGCUUGUGAUACAGUGGAGAAGUUCGAGCAAUUGGAUUUCAAGGACCCAAACAACCUUUUAGUCAUUUACCGAAAUAUUCUGGACUGUAUGGCCGACGCAGAACUCCCAGUUCGGGUCGAGGCCGCUCUUGCACUUCAACCUUUGAUCAGACACGACAUCAUCCGCACGAGCAUGCAAUCACAAAUUCCUCAAAUCAUGCAACAACUCUUGAAACUCGCUAAUGAGGUUGAUGUGGAUGCUCUAUCAAAUGUCAUGGAAGAUUUCGUUGAGGUUUUCGCUGCCGAGCUUACUCCAUUUGCAGUUGCAUUGAGCGAACAGCUGCGUGACACAUACCUCCGAAUUGUCAGAGAACUAUUGGAGAAGAACGAGAAGCGAGAUGACGAAGAGAGCUACGGCGACUACCUCGACGACAAGAGUAUUACGGCUCUUGGUGUACUUCAGACAAUUGGCACUCUCAUCCUGACCUUGGAGAGCACCCCUGACGUCCUUUUGCACAUGGAGUCCAUUUUGAUGCCAGUUAUCAGUAUUACUCUUGAGAACAAGUUAUAUGGUAUGAGAGAAAACUGCAAGUUUUGAAUUGUUUGCUAACAACAUUAGAUUUGUACAACGAGGUUUUUGAGAUCAUUGAUAGCUGUACUUUUGCUGCCAAGUCCAUCUCUGGAACCAUGUGGCAAGCUUUUGAGCUCAUUCACGCUACAUUCAAGGCAGGCGCAGAACUCUACCUCGAGGACAUGCUUCCCGCACUCGACAACUUUGUUCAAUAUGGUCGCGCACAUCUUGCCGAAACGCCAGCCUACCUCGACGCCAUGUUCAGUAUGGUCCAUGACAUGUUCGCGGACCCGAAGGUGGGAGGAGUUGACCGCAUUUGUGCUUGCAAAUUGGCCGAAGGUAUCAUGUUGAGCCUUAGAGGUGACGCUGAUACAUACGUCGUAGAAUUCGUAAGAUUUGAUUUUGCGUUUUUAUUAUGAGGUUACUGAUAAUUGCUAGAUUGGGAUGGCAAUGCGCACACUUACCAACACCGAGACUAAAGUCAAGUCCUACAGAAUCCAUCUUAUGGAAAUGGUCAUCAAUGCCAUUUACUACAAUCCGGUAUGGGAAACUUCUAAUUUGUAACGGCAUUUCAUUAACAAGCAACAGGUACUCGCUCUUCAAGUUCUCGAGGCGAACCAAUGGACCAACAAGUUUUUCAGCCUGUGGUUUUCAAGCAUUGACAGUUUCACCAGAGUUCACGACAAAAAGCUCUCCAUUUCUGCAAUUGUUGCUCUCCUCACCCUUAACGCCGACCAGGUUCCAGUUAGCGUACAAACCGGAUGGCCACGAUUAUUACAAGGGCUUGUUCGAUUGUUUCAAACUCUUCCGGCCGCCCAGAAGAAACGUGAUGAGAUUCUCAAGGAUGAUUAUCCGGUUGAUGGAUCAGCAUACGAUGAUGACGAGGAGGAGUUGUGGGCCGGCGACGACAAUGCAUGGAAUGAGGAUGAGGGGAAUGAGGAAUCAGAAGACGCCAAGGAUGAAAGCACAGCCUAUCUUGAAUUCUUGAACGAGGAGGUGCGAAAUAUCAAACCCAUUUGGGAAACGUUGCACUGACAUGGAGUUCUUAGGCACAAAAAUUCCAGAAUCUUGAUGACCCAGAUUCCGAUGAGGAACUUGGUGAAGAAAGCCUUCUUGAAACCCCACUGGAUAAGAUAGAACCAUAUGGGCUUUUCAGAGCAGCUCUCAUGAGUAAGUUCUCAUAUACCCUUAGUGAAUAUAACUAAUUUUAUUAGAACUCCAAGCAGAACAACCUCAAUUAUAUACCUCCCUGACAGGCAACCUUAGCGCCGAAGAACAGCAAAUCGUUCAAGGCGUGGUUCAACAGGCCGAUGUAUUAGCUGCUCAACAAGCCGCGUUGGCAGCUAAUGUUCCAGGGGUCGUAGUCAAUGGCGCGACAUGAGGCAUAGAAGAAGGAAAUAAAGAAAAGCAAAAAUCACAAAACAACAAACACAUUCGGAGCGGGGUUCAUUAUAUCUCUUGGUUGCCCAAGCGUGCGUUGUGUGCAUGGAUUUGGCGUUAAUCCUUUCUUUUCUCAUGUUGGGUGAUCCUCUCCGAAGCCGAAAGGGGGCACUUGACCAAGUUUUCUCUCUUCUGUGCCUUGUGUUGUUUUUUCGGAAAUUCCUUUUUUAGGUUGUUGAUAUUUCGCUGCUUGGUCACUUGUUUUUUUGCUAUUUUCUCGAGCAAAGGUGGAGGAUAUAUCGAGGACGUGAGUUGGGUGUAUACGAAAAGCAUGAGGCAGGCAGGUGAUGAGAUGGUGGAGGAAAAUGUUCGUUGGGUUCUGUAAGGGUGGACUCGAACGAUGUGAUCAGAAGAUCAUUUGUUAUUGACUGCGUAGUGUGGAUUAGUAGUUGGUGUAGUAGUCUAGAUUUUUUUCCCUUUCCAUUUCUUUCUUUCUCGAUAGGGUGGGGAUGAAAUGAAUGGCUGGUGGGAUGAAUGAAUGGAUGGAUGGAUUGGGACGGGAUGGAUGGAUGGAGGAUGAAUAGAUGAAUGAGAUGCAAGCAAGCAAGCGAAU